GUGAGGAGCCUGGAAGAUGGGUUUCUGGGUUCAUGGCAUGAUGCGACCGUGAUUUCCGAUGAAAAUUUGGUUCGUCGUGUCAGGUAUGAUCACCUUCUCAGCGAUGACGGUUCUGAUAAUUUGAUUGAACCUGUGAAUGUAACCCCUAUGAUUGAUGGGGUUGAUACUGGUGUCACUGUAAUGCCCAAGAAUCAUAGGGGUAGAAUAAGGCCUUCGCCGCCAUCCCAUGAUAUGGGGACCUGGUGUUUACGGUAUGGGCAAUGUGUUGACUUGUUUCAUGAGGAUGCCUGGUGGGAAGGUGUGAUUUUUGAUUGUGAGGAUAGUCAUGAGCAGCGGAGAAUUUUCUUUCCCGACAUGGGUGACGAAAUUGUUGCUGGGAUUCACAUGUUGAGGUUAUCUCGAGAUUGGGAUGAGAUUACUGAUGAAUGGAAACCUCGGGGAAGCUGGUUCUUUCUUGAAUUGAUAGAGGCAGUUGGGCAAGAUUGGUCAUUGCCUGUUUCUGUAAAGCAAAUUUGGUAUGAUAUGCGGCUGAAGAGUGGCUUUGAGAAGCUUAAAGAUUGGACUUCUUCUGUGCAUAAUGUUUGGAGAGAAUUGGUGUUGCAGGUUUUAGUUGAUAACUUCAAGUUAACUAUUAAAGAAUUGAAUUCUUCUGGGGACUUAGUAGAGGAAGGACCACUAUUGUGGGAAUUUCCAGAACCAGCCCUUGAUGUUGUUCUGAACCAGCACCUUGGAGAAUAUUUGCUUGGUAAUUCGCUCUCAAUUGUACCCUCUGAAGCCACGUGUACAUUUGAUAGUAAAGGAAUGCAGCCAAUUGAUCAAAAAAAGACAGGCCAUCAUCAAUUUGAAGAGCGUAUCUAUCGGGAUAAUUUUGAAUCUAUCUCAGAAGUGCUAACCCGUGAAGAAGAAAUAUUUUGCUUGCCUCCUGCUCUGCCAAUAUUAUCUCCUAAU